AUGACAGGUGAACUACUGGGUGAGUCAGAAAAAGCUGGUGAAGCUGGUGAAGCUGGUGAAGCAAUAAACACUCUUCUUACCGAAAUAGAUAAUGAGAUGAGUGUCAUUACGGAAGAUGAAGAGCGUAGGAGCGGCUGGAGAAUUCCAUUGCACGAAAUUGGCGACGAGACAAUGGAGAUGAUUAUUUCCCACAACACGCAAAGUAAUACGCCACUGCAGGCUAAAUCAAGUGUGAUCACGGGAGACAUUCAAUUGAAUGACGAAGCCCAGGGGGACAAACCGUUACCAACGAAGAAAUCAGUCGUCUUCAGUGAAGGUGUCAGCCUCCAUGAGUGGCCAGCAGAGAAGAGCGACGUAAAACAUAACGUGGCAUAUGAAAGUGACGAGAAUAGUGAAUAUUGUAAAAGCAGUUGUCAUGAGGAACCCAAACAGUCAAAUAAUACGCAAUGGAAACAAUCAAAAUUCAGUCUCAACAGCACCAACUCGGCUGAAUACAAGGAGAACCAGUUGCUGAUGUAUGACACGGAAUCGGAAGAUGAACAGGAAGGUGAUAAAAAAGAUACAGUGCUCACUAAAGAGGAAUUACAAGAGCAUACUAUAACUGAGAGAGAUCAAAAACUAUCACAUAUAUUAGAUUCGAAGGUAAAUAUACAUAAGCUGAAACAACUAACCGACGAACUAAACCUUAGAUCAAAUACGGCGGAGGAUGAAGAAAGUAAAAGUUUCAAAUUCAUUUUACCACCAACAGAGCCACUUGUCGCUUCUUCUACGGUCGAUAGCCAAGAAACAAGCAUGAUACAGUUUGAGGGGAGCGAGCGGAUCGGUAAUCAAUAUUAUAGCGAUGACAAUGAAAGUGAUAGUUUCUCAACCAACUCCGUUGAUGGUUACGUAAAUGAAAUUAAUCACUCUCCUUCUAAGAUUCCACUCACAAAUACGAUGGAUAUAAACAAUUUUCAGUUAGACGGCACUGAAAAUGAAGCGCAAACCAGAAUAUCCUCCGGUUCUUCGUGGGGUGACAGUGUAACAAAUUUAGCAACAAUAAGGCAUGAUAGAUAUGAUCUACUCGAAUAUAGUUCAGAUAUUCCAAAGGAACUGCAGUUCAAAAGUAAUGAAAGAAAGGGAUCGUUCAACACUUCGCCUAUCGCAGCAAAUCGUAACAUUUCUCAAGUGUUCAGUAUUGCUACGACUGCAGACGGUUAUAAAUCUGCAAAAGAAGUACCAAGUGAUCUUGCUUCCAUAGCGUCAGAUACAAAAUCUAACUCAGACUAUAAAUCAGCCUUUAGGUCAGUCGAAGACUUAGGUAUCUCAAUGAACUUACCUAGAGAAGAAGAAACUUUGCAAGAUAUUCAUAGCCGUGUCGAAAAUACAAUUGAAACCUGUGAUUUCGAAAGCACAGACGAGCAGAAUCCGGAUUUGUACGAAAGUAGAGAUGUUCCACAAAUUCCUCUUUUACCUCUUGAUUUUCCAAGUAAUUUCGAGCAUUCUAAGAACAGUAUCACUGAAAAUGACUGCAAUGAGACUGAGGAUGAUCAUAUGACUCAUGAUGAAGGUGAAAGAGCCGAAUUGGAGUUUACUGACUUGCAUGAUCUGUCAGAUACGGUUAAUGAAAACGAGCAAUUUUCGUCGGAGGCUUCCUUGAGAAAAGAAUCAAAAAAUGUAACGGAUAUGCAAAAGGAAGAGGAAAAGAAUGACAAUGAAAUAGAGAGUCCAACUUCAGAUGUAGAUUGCCCAAAUAUUGACGCAAAAGCUGGCGAGACCCAAGUUGAUCAAAAAGACACGCGUGACCAAAUUCUGUUGGGAACUGCAAAUCGAGACGAUUCUAAAAGAUGCGAUAUGAGGUUUUCCGAGUCUGAAAGUAAGCCCAUUCUGCCACCAGUCCAAAGAGUUGCGUCUAUAUUCAUAGAUGACCCUUUUGGUGAUGAAGGUGAUACUUCAGGUGAAUCUUUGGAUCUCACAAAGUCUGUGAAACCUUCAAACUAUCUCUCUAUAUGGCACAUGCAGGAAGAAGAUAUCAAAUAUUCGUCCCCCGCAAUGAGCUCCAAUUCCCAGUUUUCUCAAUACUCCGUUACAACAGGUACCUCUGCUGAAUCAUCUUCUCAUACUCCUAGUACUACGCCAAUCGAAUCAAAGUAUAAUAAAAAUACUUUCAAAUUCAAACCGAGAGUAAUAAGUCGCAGUAGAUUUUAUUCUCCUGAUAGCAAACUAGAGAUUCCGGAUUACGAGAAUGACUAUGUCAUAGCAAACUUUGAAACCGCAUUGGAUCCAUUGAGAAGAAAUACCAUAAUAUCUAAAAGAAUCCAAGAAAAUAUACGUAAUCGCAGGAUCUUGCAUCCAAGAAGUGCUUCCAUUAACGAAAAAUUGACUUAUUUUCCUGAAGCAGUGGCAACUCCUGAAGAAGAGCCUGCGAAGAAAACAGAUACAAGUAUCACACAAGAGAGCUUUCACGAAGAGAAUUCAUUCGAUCGCACUACACAAGAUCUUUCUGAACAAAAUCUGGCAUUAAGUUCUACGUCCGACCAACUGGAUUUACUUCCAUGUACAGUGGACAGUGAGUUGGGAAAGGGUUUUGUUUCUUUUCUUGAGACCUUCGACUGUGACAAUAAAUCCACAUUCUCGUGGCAAACUCACAAGGAGGGCUCGCUCAAUAUUUGGGAAGAUGAUCAUGAUCUUCAAUGGGAAAUUGGAGACGGACGAAGGAAAAAUGCAUCCUUGGAAGGCAUCAACAAAUUGUUAGCUGAUGACAACCUACAAAUUGACAAUUCAUCAUUUGUAGAAAAUCCUAUGACACCAAAAAAGAAUUCAGCAAUUUUGAAAAGUCCAGUUAAGGAGGUAUCAGUUGGGCGUGGACUUAGCGUCAAGGGCUAUGAAGCCGAUGUAGCGGAAAAUGGAGAAUCCGAUCGAGAAUCCGUGAAAUUCACCAGUUUUCUAGCAAGUCCAAAUCAUAGAAGCUCUCCUCAAAGUGGUAUGAAGGACACACAUGUUGAUAGUCCAUUCAAAAUUCUUAAGGCAAAAAAAUUAGAGGAGCAUUAUUGUGAUCUUGAGGAGCCACCGAUGGAAAAAGAACAGGCUAGCACGCCUCCGACAAAUGCGGAUAUCUCUGCACAAUUCCCGCUGGAGAAGCCACAAACUGUUCCUUUGCAAACCGAUAACACAGCUAGCAUAAAGAGUGAAACUCUUGCUUUUCCAGAUAAAGGUACUCUUUACGUCAAAUUGAAGACGGUAGUUAAUUUGCCUCUGCAUGGUUUGGUACAUCAUAAUGCCAAGUUUUCUGUUGAAUUUGACAAUGGUGAAAAUGUAGUCCGGACGCCUUGGGCUGCAGCCUCAAAUGAGAAGUCGAUUGGCGUUGAAAAAGAAUUUGAAAUUGUGUUAGAUUCAAAAGUGGAGAAUUUAAAUACAGUAGUAAUCACAUUGAAGUGUCGCUAUGAAAAACCUCAAGCAGAGCUCACUGAAGUUGUAGAGAAAGUGCCAAUCCCAAAAAAGUUUAUGUUCGGUAAAAACAAAUAUGAAUAUAAAAAAAGAUACGUUCAAAAACAAGUGAAACACGAUGAGUGGGACUAUUUAUUUGCUCAAGAUGGUUCAUUUGGACGUUGCGAGAUAAGAUUAGAUGAAGCUUUUUUGAAUGCGAUAAGAUUCCAAGAGAAAUUUUUUUCUUUCAAUUUGACCAAUGAAUGGUCUCGUAAGCCGGACUUUAACAAUCUGAAAAAACCGAUCUAUGAAUUACCUCGAAGAGAGCCAUCAACCGCUGCGACUCUCAACAUGGAAAUGUGCUAUUUGGAAAGGAGUGCACCAUUAGAAAAGUUUCCAAAAACUUUGCAAAUUGCUCACAAUAUAGUGAAAAAAUUCCAAACCCAGCAAGCAAUCACAAAAGAAGGUUUCAUGUUGCAGGAAGGAGGGGACGUACACAGUAGGAUUCAAAGAAGGUAUUUCAAACUUCAAGGUAAUAAUAUGGUGGGGUAUCAUGAAAUAACGAGGGAACCUAAAGUUGACAUAAAUUUACUCAAAGUCGUAAACGUCUUUGAGCCCGGCAAUAUCCCAAGGGAGGGUGAAAGAAAUUUGACAGAUCUUGUACUUUUUGGUGGAAGCAUUCGCUUGACCUUUGAAAACGGUGAGGAGAUCUACUUUAAUUCAGAUACAGAAAGAGAUACAGAAUCAUGGUACCAAGUAUUGAGAGAUGUUGUUGACUUAAACCAAUGUCAUCAACCUUGGGUGAAACAAUUACACGAAUUUACACUGCUUAACUCACUAUGA